UCGAUUAUUACGACGAGUGAAGCGUUUAGAAAUCUAGCUUGAUCAUUCAAUCGUAUUCGCUACGAUCUACACCAUCAAGUACUUGCUAAACGAUUCUUUAAAGUGUUUUGUUUUAAGACAGCGUACAUAUAUAGUCAUGCAGAGUAUAUAAUAUAUAUAGUUCAAGCUAUAUAUUGGAAAACUUGAUGCUGACUCCAUCGGACCAUGAUGACUAUGCUGACAGAGAAGCUUGGCAGGAUCCUUAAAUAUUUCCAUUAUCAAGUAUUUUAUUUCAUCUUUUACGGCGGCUAUCUGCCGUUUUUGUUUUAUUUUCCAGUAUAUCUAAAGCAUAUUGGCUUAAAUACAAGUCAGGUUGGUUUAGUCAGUGGUAUUCGUCCAGUAUUUCAGUCCAUUGCCACACCGCUCCUAGUACUUAUUGGUGACAGAUUACACUCACGAAAACUCUUGUUUAUUGUAUCAUCCUUUGUUACUAUCACCAAACUUAUUUGCUUGUAUUUGCUGCUAAGACCAUCACACCAACAGUGUGUUGUUAAAACCGUGUUAUACACGAACAGCUCUCGUACAGUCACACAACAUUCAUUUCUUAUCGAGCACAAACUGAGCAAGCGAGACGUCAUGGAUCGAUGGUCCGCACAAGGAAAAAAUCAACAAGACAGAGUUUUGGAAGCGAGUAAAAGCGAGAAACGAUUGUACCACGUAAGAAAAAUUUCGUCCGCCUUUAAACGAGAAGAAAAUCAUGAAAUGAGCGUUAAAACUGACGAUAAUGACGAAAAUGCUGGGAAUGACCUCAUAGCAAUAUCGAACGAAACAAAGAACGAAAACCCAGAAAGAUUUGAUGAUAAUAAUAUAACGAAGCAUGGACAACAUUCAGAAACUGAGCAUUACAUCAUCAACAAUGAAAUUGAAACUCGAAAUCUUUUUUACAGUUUGUUGGCAGUUGUGUUGAUAACUGAUAUGUUUGAUGCUGCAAUGUUUACCCUUGUCGAUCAUUCAUGCAUUCAACACCAAAGGGAAAGCUAUGGUUAUACUCGACUAUGGGGAACUUUAGGCUGGGGUCUCAUGACUCCUGUCAUAGCCGUGGUCUUACACAGUGUUCCACACGAGUUUUGCGGAAAUAUAGUGGACACAUAUCACUAUAUAUUCAUUUUUGCGAUCGUAUUUGCCAACAUCUCUCUUAUAGUAGGCUCGCAUCUUGGAUUAGAUGCUGAGUUUAAAGAAGUAAAGGUCAGAAAAGUACAUGGAACAAAGUCCAAUUUUCAUUACGGCAUGUUUCUCAUCGUGUUUGCCUAUGCGGGAUUCUGUAACGGCUUCCUGUUGACGUUCAUUAAUUGGUUUAUAGAAAGUAUUGGAGGAAAUGCAAGUAUCAUGGGUGUAGCCAGAGGUUGCAAAUGUAUCGUCGAUGUAAUUCUUUUCUUUUUGAUGGGAAAAAUUAUAGAAUACUUCGACAUUGUGCUUGUAAUAAGUGUCGGUCUUGUUGGUCAUAUCGCCGUGUUCUUCAUGUAUUCCUGUGUAACCAAUCCCUGGCUUGUGGUUCUGAUCGAAGUUGCUCACGCACUAUUUUAUGGUUUUCUGGUCUCAAAUUGCGCUUACUUACUUGAUCAGGCAACCCCUGCCGGAUCUAAUCUUAGAUUGCAAGCGUUACUUCACGGUAUUUACUGGGCUAUUGGUUCUGGAUCGGGUGCCAUAAUUUCAGGCCUACAUAUAACUUAUAACGGUUUCAGGAAAACGUUCUUGGUAUUCACAUUUAUGACUGCAGCUGUAGCUUUCAUAUAUUUUACUGUUGAACUGCUCAUGUUUGUGAUUGAUAUAAAAACGUUGGAUGAUCAAGAUCAGUCAUCCAUCACAUCAUCGACAGGAUCAGAUGCUGAUGUCAGCAGUGAAGGACAAAGCUCGCAUGAGUGAUUCACUAUGAUUUUUUAUAUACUUUUUUAACGUACAACAACAGCGCGCGUAAUCAUCGAAACCUCACUGACCUUGUCUGUAUUCUGCUUCAAAAUAAGCAUGCACAUGUUGCACUAAAAUAGUAAACAGUAAUUGUCCCGAUUAACACUAGAGACGGAUUAUCUGUCUGGACAAGUGAUCCGUCUGACAGAUCAUUCGUCUGAGUAUAAACGCACCACAAACUAUCUAUGACGAACUAUGUAGAAGAAUAUGUCAGACGAAACAGAAUCGCGCGUUUAGAAAAGAAUUGGGAAAUUAUUUAUGUGGUAAGAAGAAUGAACAAGGGCCUAUUAUGAUGAAUUUUUCGCAGUUCGUAUUUACACAAACAGAGCAGAUGGAUGAUGGUUCAAGUCUUCAAGAAGAAGACGAACUAUCUUUCGCUUGAUCCGUCUCUAGUAUAAAUCGGGUCACUGAUGCUAAGCUCUUUUAAACCUGUUUUUAUUAAAAUGAUCGUUUAUGUAAUUGAGAAACUUCUGUUCGCGUAUCGCAUGUUUUAUGAAUUAUCGGUUACUUUCGUGUAUAUAUAUCUGCAACGAUUUGGAUUGUAAUCAUUGUAUAAUAACAGAGUUUGUGUUUAUCACGUACACAGCUAUACGUCUAUCUAUUUUGGUAGCCAUAUAGUCGAUUAGAAAACUAGACUGUUUGCCCAUGGUCUAAGUAAAAGUUAGGCUUCACGUAUUCGAACCGGCUCGACCACAGUUGCUUGACCUAGUAAAUCAGUUGGAGGAACAUUAGACCACAUUAGACCAGCAAACCAAAGGUCGUGGGUCAGAUUUUCGCCGCGGUCAAGCUAAUUUUUCAGCUUACUCGGUUCAGUCGGUUGGUACCUCAGAGUAGCAACAUCUGAACAUCACAUUAAUUCACCUCACUCAUAAGUCGUAUGCAUGCACUAACUAACAUGAUCAACAAAAUUUACGUAAUUCUUUUGAGCUUCUAU